GGCGGCAACGUCUGCCCCUACUGCAGAGCCGCCGCCGGAGAAGAGAUUUAAAGGGCCCGCGCGCCGCCGCCCCCUCGGCCCGCCAUGCUGCUACCCGUGCCGCUGCUGCUCGGCCUCCUCGGCCUGGCCACUGCCGAGCCCGCCGUCUACUUCAAGGAGCAGUUUCUGGACGGAGAUGGGUGGACCGAUCGCUGGAUUGAAUCCAAACACAAGUCAGAUUUUGGUAAAUUUGUCCUUAGUUCCGGCAAGUUCUACGGUGACCAGGAGAAGGAUAAAGGGCUGCAGACAAGCCAGGAUGCCCGCUUUUACGCUUUGUCGGCCAGAUUUGAGCCCUUCAGUAACAAGGACCAGACACUGGUGGUGCAGUUCACCGUGAAACACGAACAGAACAUCGACUGUGGGGGCGGCUACGUGAAGCUCUUUCCAGAUGGUUUGGACCAGACCGACAUGCACGGAGACUCUGAAUACAACAUAAUGUUUGGCCCCGAUAUUUGUGGCCCCGGCACCAAGAAGGUUCACGUCAUCUUCAACUACAAGGGCAAGAACGUGCUGAUCAACAAGGACAUUCGUUGCAAGGAUGAUGAAUUCACACAUCUGUAUACCCUGAUUGUGCGGCCGGAUAACACCUAUGAGGUGAAGAUUGACAACAGCCAGGUGGAAUCAGGCUCCUUGGAGGAUGAUUGGGACUUCCUUCCUCCCAAGAAGAUAAAGGAUCCUGAUGCUUCGAAGCCUGAAGACUGGGAUGAGCGGGCCAAGAUUGAUGACCCCACAGACUCCAAGCCUGAGGACUGGGACAAGCCCGAGCACAUCCCUGACCCUGAUGCUAAAAAGCCAGAGGACUGGGAUGAAGAGAUGGACGGAGAGUGGGAACCACCUGUGAUUCAGAACCCUGAGUACAAGGGCGAGUGGAAGCCCCGCCAGAUCGACAACCCAGAUUACAAGGGCACCUGGAUCCACCCAGAGAUUGACAACCCUGAGUAUUCCCCUGAUAGCAACAUCUAUGCCUAUGAGAACUUUGCUGUUCUGGGCUUAGAUCUCUGGCAGGUCAAGUCUGGCACCAUCUUUGACAACUUCCUUAUCACCAAUGACGAAGCAUAUGCGGAGGAGUUUGGAAAUGAGACCUGGGGUGUCACAAAGGCAGCAGAAAAGCAGAUGAAGGACAAGCAGGACGAGGAGCAGAGGCUAAAGGAGGAGGAAGAGGACAAGAAGCGCAAGGAAGAGGAGGAGGCAGACAAGGAAGAUGAGGAAGACAAGGAGGAGGAGGAGGAGGACGAAGAUGACAAGGAGGAAGAGGAAGAGGAGGAUGCUGCCGCUGGCCAGGCCAAGGAUGAGCUGUAGGGGCCACGCCGCUGCCUCGAGGGCUGGACUGAGGCCUGAGCGCUCCCGCUGCAGAGCCGGCUGCGCCAAAUAAUGUCUCUAUGAGACUGGAGAACUUUCAUUUUUUUCCAGGCGGGUUCUGAUUUGGGGGGGAUUUUGGUUUUUUUUUCCUCCCCUCCUUUUUUUUUUUUUUUUUUUUUUUAAACUGGUGUUUUGUCUUUGAUUCUCCUUUAGUCCUUAUUCCUGAUCCUCAUCUUUCUUGAUUGACAUCUUUGCCUUCCUCUGUCCCCUUCUCUCCCCAGAUCCCUUAGUUUCCCUCCAACCUGAGGGGGCAGGGGAGUGUGGAAGAGAAGCCCCAGGCCCAAGAUUCCAUCUGCUUUCCUUCCUGGAUCCCAGAGGGGGGCAGGAGAAGAGGGUGGCAUCCCCAGCCCCCAGCACUGAGGAAGAACAGGGCUCCUAGGGCCUGAGCUCUGACCCCUACCUACCAUCUCCCUUCUUCCCCUGCUCCCAGGACUGGGCCACUUCUGGGUGGGGCAGUGGGUUCUGGCUUGGCUCACACUGAGAAUGUAAGAACUACAAACAAAAUUUCUAUUAAAUUAAGUUUUGUGUCUUC